CUUUAUUGCGACUCCAUUCCUGUCCAUUUAUUGAUCCUCGCCUUCAAUGACCAGGACUCACUUCUCCUCUUCUCUGUUCUCAAGCUCCAUGGCUGGCCUCUCCCCUUUGCUUCGCAGCUCUCAGCUACUAUACUUUCUAUUGGUAAUACCAGGAUUGUUUAGCUUCGCAAGCUCGGAUUUUGCGAGCGACCGGGCGGAGUGCGCGGACCAACUAACGGGGCUGGCGACGUGUCUCACCUACGUGGAGAACAGAGCCUCGGCUCCGACGCCGGACUGCUGUUCCGGCCUCAAGCAGGUCCUGGCCAAGAGUCGCAAAUGCCUGUGCGUUCUCAUCAAAGAUCGCGAUAACCCCAGUCUCGGGGUCAAGAUUAAUGUCACGACUGCCAUGGCUCUGCCUACUGUGUGUCACGCAUCUGCGAAUAUAUCUGAGUGUCCAAAACUUUUGAACCUGCCUCCAAAUUCAAAAGAUGCCCAGAUUUUCGAGCAGCAUGGAAAUACUACGCAAGCAACUGCAAAUACCGGUGCGACGAGCAGCGUGGCCAGCGGUGCGAGCGUACAAGGGAAUUACCACGGAGGAAAGAAGUGGUUGGGAGUGGGGAAGGUUGGUGGCAUGUCCUCAUCUUUUCUACCUCUCGCUGCCUACCUGGUCCUGGGCGGCUAGGCUGGCCAGAGAACAAAAUAAAAAGACAGUUAAAGUUCGGUUUCAAAGACAUUCUUGUCUCUCUGUACUUCCAAACCACUGAACUGAAUGCUUUGCCUCUCCA